AUGCGAGCAGUCGAGCUCCAGAUAGCCAACUCCUGUCAUCGGCAACUAGGCCCCACGCUAGGGAGCGCGGCAAUGGCCGAUGGACGACCGUCACGCACUUUAGGCUUCGUCACUCUACCCUUCGCAUUUAUGGGGUUUCUGGUGAUAAAAGGACAAGGGAUCAAGGUCACUUUAAAGGUAACAGGCCUGACGGCAUCGGGCGAGGUACGACUCGCUGCCAUAGGGCUCAACAAAAUUUCGUCCAAGCAACAUCAAGGGUUGCAGACACUUCUUGACUGCUACGUAGAGCGGGAAGCUCUCCUAAGUUGCACUAAGUGGGUCGAGCACGAGAUCAAGGUUACGACCUCUCGGCCUAUCAAGCAAAAGUUCGACCCUAUUUCAGACAAGAUCCAGGAGGUCAUAAAUGUCCAUGUGAUUGAGAUGCUUGAAAUUGGCGUAGUAGAACCAUCUAAUAGUGUCUGGGCAAGUCCGGUAGUCAUGAGACGCAAAAAGGACGGGAAGUACCGAUUUGCGUUGACUACCGGAAAGUAA